AUGGUCAAAAAAGCUGGUCGUAAGGCGUCCAGAAGAAGAGCCCAAAAUGCCUUCGACAUAGCUUCAAGAGAUUUGGCAAAUUCGAGCGACGAGCGAGGAAAUUUUAGUCAAGAUUUGAGGCAAAAUGGAACCAUCGUUAAUGCUCAAAAAGGCGAGUUGGACUCAGAAGACGAGGAAAUGGAGGAUGAAGAAUUAGAUUCAGACGAGGCUCUGGGAUCCUCUGAUGAAUACGAUGUUUUAAAUUCAAAGUUUUCCCAAACUCUCAGAGACAUCAAGAAGAAGAAAAGCAAGGGUAACGGCAUCGCUACUGAAGAGUUGGAUGAUGAAGAGGAAGGGUACACUUCCAUCGACGAAAGCGAUUUGAUGCCGUUGUCAGAGGUUUGGGAUAUGGAUGAAAAUUCAUCUUCCAAGAGGAGUGGAACAAGGUCACAUGAGGACUUGCAACUGCAAGAGGACUCUUCGUCCGAGGCUUUGGGAUCUGACGACUCUAGCGAUCACAGCGACUCCUCAGAUGCCGCAUUAAGCGAGGAAUCGGAGGAAGAUCCCUUUGACGAGAUUUCAGCCGACGACGACGAUCUCGAGUUAAAAACAGUUGCGUCAAGAUUAGAAAACAAGGCAGAGAAGGAUAGGUAUCGCAAGCUCAGCAAACAGCCCCUCGGAGAAGAAAAUGAAUAUGCCAUCCCUCCCUCUUCAGGCGGUGCUAGGGCCUUGAACUUGGAAGAUAUGAUGAAAGCUGUGGAUGAUCCUGAUGCCCUUUCAAGAGCGACGUUACUGAAAAACAAGAAUACCGCUCUCGCAGUACCUUUGCCACAGAGAAUCCAAAAGAGACAUGAGCGUAAAGCAGCGUACGAGAUAUCCAAGGAUGAGGUUAACAAGUGGAAAGACGUUGUUCAGGUCAACCGGCAAGCAGAACAUUUGUCAUUUCCCAUGAAUUCAUCUGUUCAACACAAUGAGGCUUCGAUGUUUGUCAAGAGUUCAGACUCACCAGAUGGAAAGCUAGAACAGAAAGUCGGGGAGUUGUUGAAAGAGAGCAACUUGGCUGAUCCCUUGAAGGAGUCAACAUUCGAGGGAAUUGCCACCGCCAAGAUUACGCCGGAAGAAAUGAAGAAAAGAACUGCUGAGGUACGAUUGAUGCGGGAACUUAUGUUUAGAGAGGAAAGGAAGGCGAAAAGAAUCAAGAAGAUUAAAUCCAAGGCUUAUCACCGCAUCAAGAAGAAAGAGCUUUUGAAAAAUCAAGAGCUCAUUGAUGAUCUCAGUGAAGACGAAGAGGCCCGCAAUGUUGCCAGAGCAAAAGAGCGGAUGAGCUUAAAACAUAAGGCUUCUUCCAAGUGGGCGCAAGACAUGGUGAAACAUGGCAUGGCAAAGGAUCAGGAUACCAGAGAGGAAAUCGAAGAAAUGCUCAGGCAGGGAGAUAGGCUCAGAUCAAAAGUCAUGGGACAUGAAUCGGGAAGUGAAAGCGAAGGUGGUAUAAGCGACAUAGAAGACGAUCAGCAGUUAGUUUCAAAUUCUGACGAGGCUGAAUUGAGAGAUGAUCUUGGCAAAACUGGAGUUUUGAACAUGGCUUUUAUGAAAAAUGCGGAAGCGCGCAGAGCGGAGAACAACAGAGCAAACCUAAAAAAACUUCGAGCUCUCGAAAAUGGUCAGGACUUGGACUACGGGGAAGAAGCCGAGGAUCAAACUGGGGCCAAUGUGAACAUUAAUAGUGGACGCCGAUUUUAUACUCCCGGUGCGUUAAAGUCUGAGCAAUCGUUAAAAGAAACCGAAGACUUGAACCCGUUAGAGGAGAAUGAUAGUCUGAAGGACCGUCUCACAAAAUCGCACUAUAAAGUGAAGCCGGAAAAGAAGAGACAACAGGGAGCAAAGACGCCGACGGCUGAGAUAGCUGAGAAUGGAAACUCAAAUCCUUGGCUUGACGAUAGUGACAAUGAAACAAUGGUCCAGAAAUCAAGCACAGUUAAAGUGGUCGACGCAAACAGUGGGAUUGGCAUUAAGAGUGCUGGGAAAAUAGACAAGCACAAGCUCAAACAGACACAGAAUAAACUGAGGAAAAAGGCGGAGCGGGAGGAUAUGCUUCUCGACCUGGACAGCAGCAAUAAAAUAAACAUCAUUGAUUCUUCACAAAAGGCAGGUGGAGGUGCCGUGUUCGAGCAGCAGGACCUCAUAGCUGAGGCCUUUGCUGGAGACGAUGUCGUCGACAAAUUCGAACAGGAGAAGAAAAGGGUUGCGAUCGAUGAGGAUGACAAAAUAGAGGAUCAGACAUUACCUGGAUGGGGUGAUUGGGCUGGUGCUGGCGCUGCACCCCCGAAAAGGAGGAAACUGAAGAAGAUCAAGGGAACUGUGACCAAAGAUAAAAGGCGCGACAGAAACCUGAAGAAUGUGAUCAUAAAUGAGAAAGUGAAUAAGAAAAAUCUGAAGUUUCAAUCGUCUGCGGUUCCAUUCCCGUUCGAAACCCGCGAACAAUACGAAAGAUCUUUGAGAAUGCCUUUGGGGCAAGAGUGGACAUCUAGAGUAGCAUACCAGGAUGCCAUUAAGCCUAGAAUCAUGACAAAACCUGGGUCUGUCAUUGAUCCACUCAAAGCACCGUUCAAGUGA